AUGCCAGAAUCCGUUCCAGCAAACGAAUUCACAAUCGGUUGGGUAUGUGCCACUCAGAUCGAGUUGGCAGCUGCCGUCGAGAUGAUGGACAAGGUCUACACCGACCCCCCACUUCACCCAGGCGAACCCCAGACCUGCGUCUUCGGUCGAGUUGGCGUCCAUAACAUCGUGGUUACCUGUCUGCCUGCUACCCAUAUAGAUACAGUCUUAAGGAAGAUGGUAUCAUACCUUCCUUCGCUCCACUUUGGCAUCUUCGUCGGUCUUGGCGGUGGCGUCCCAAAUCUCGAAAGAGGUAUCGACAUCCGCCUCGGCGAUGUUGUCAUUAGCCAGCCAACGGAACAGGGUGGCGGAGUGAUACGGUAUGAUCUCGCUGACGGCCGUGUUAGCCGUACAGGCAGUGUGGGACCACCACCAGCGGCAGUGCUUGAUGCUCUUACUACAUUGGAAGACAACUAUCUUCGUGAUAACACGCGGCUCCCACAAAACCUAUCCAGGCUCUUGACCAUUCCGUCAUUUGCUUCACCGGACCCUGAUCAAGACGCUCUUUACAAUGUAUAUUCGCCGCAUAUAACCGGACCCAACUGUGCCAACUGUCAUAAGGGCGACAUAGUGCAACGAAAGCAACGGAAGACAAUUGGUCCCGCUCUUUUCCUUGGAACCGUCGCGUCCGGAGACAGAGUCGUGAAGGAUGGAAGGACGCGUGAUUGGUACAGCCAUCAGCUGGGAGGCAUUCUGUGCUUUGAUAUGGACGCAGCCAGAGCGACCGAAAGCUUCCCUUGCCUUGCCAUCCGGGGCAUCUGCGACUAUGCUGAUGCACAUACGAACAAGCUAUGGCAGUCGUACGCAGUAGCUACAGCCACGGCGUAUGCGAAAGAGCUGCUGCUCACCAUACCAGCCCUGCCACAGACCGAUUCAGGAUAUCUCACGAAGUUUGAAACUCCGCCGAAAAACAGGGAGCCGCUCGUCACCGUGGCGCCAGUGGCGAUUGCUACUGUUCUGUCACCCUCAACUGGCUCUGUGCCCAGACCUCGCGACAGCGACAACAUCUCUCCAACAAGGCCCAAGACAUUGGACGCCAGCACCAAAACUUGGUAUGACAGAAUGAAAGAGCCGAGUUUCGCCUGCCCCUAUGCAAAGAAAGAUCCUCUCGUCUACCCCAGCUGUGUUGGCAGGCCAUUUCUAACUUGCAAGGAACCUUUCAGGUCCCGGGGAGCUUUCGAUAUUCAUGUCAGCACUAUUGGCUGUCAGGCAGCUAUGAAAUCAAGUCUUGUGGGAUUGGCAUCAGGCCAGAGGAGAGAGCUUGUGUCGAGGACCAAUUUAGUCCAGGGAGAACACCGAAACCCGAUAUUACAAGAAGCUCAGGAAGCACAAGGAUCAGACAAGAGGCUCGAAGCACAAAUCAACACGAGCCUGGGGUCUGAUGAUGGGCAUAGUACGGAGAGCAAGAAAUGGUUCAUAAUGUGGGACAUCCUGUUUCCUGGCAUGACACGCCCAAGCAGCCCAUACGUUGACGACGAAGCUACUGUCUCUACCCUCAAAAUCGACGAGGUAACUGGGCAACACACACUUGAAAUAUCCUUGGAUACAGCCGAGACGAAGACCAAGAUAGAGGUACCAGGCAGAGAGAGCGACGCAACGUCAAAUACGCAAACCAAAGCCAAAAAAUUCGUUAACAACUUGGAGUCGCCUUCCGCUUUUGCGAGCCCUCAGGUCGAUUCUGCCGAUUUCAGCGACUUGGAUUCAGAUUCAGGACACGAUUCAAUAUUCUCUCUGGCAGAGUCGUUAAUGAGUCUGACCUCUGCCGGUUCAGUAUCUGUAAUCGAGAAUGGCUAUCUCGUCAAGGAGUUCGCGAAACUUAUCCGUAAAGACAAGGUCAUCAUGUCUUUGGUCAGUCAGGCUCUGGAAACGGAGUCAAUCGGGGUAUUGCGGAUGCGCAACAACUUCCGACGUCUUUUACGGCAUUACGCCAGGAGUCUCAAGAGAGAGGCGAAGAGCAGCGAACACGGCGUGGCCGCAACUUUUGUGAGCCAAUUUGCCGACAAGAUCUCAUCAGAUCUCUUCUCAUCACUGCCAACCGAGGAAAAGAAGGUUCUUGGCAACCUCGCCGACCAAGAAGAGAGCGUGGAUAGGAGGCAGAAAGUCGAAGAGUUUCUCCGGUGCCGCGUUGUGAUAGAGCAGCAUCAUGAAGAGUCGUCGGAAAACGAAGAUGGUAUCGAGGAUGAAAUUGAAGAGGCCGAUGCCAACGAGGACGAACAGUACGACGGUUCACUGAGCGAGCUACAGCACAUCACCAGGUUUCUCGUCGACAGCCUGGCUUUCCAGACUCUCCGUCAGAGGCUCCAAGACUUCGUUCAUCCUUCGAUGACAACAGAACUCCGGGGCGUGUUGAGUGCUUGGCUCAAGCCCGGAGGCAAGAGAGCCAAGCUCAUCAGGCAAUACGAGCUCCGUAACCUGGUCACAGAACUGGAAUUUGUUCCAACGUCACGAAUUAUGUUGGAGAGAAAGCAUGGUACUGCUAGUAGAUUCUUGGGGCCUAUGGUAGAGCUCUUGAAAAGUAACAUCGAAACUCGGACGGGAGGGCCCUGGGACUGGUGGCCCCUGAAACCUACCAAGAGACCCCUUGGAGACAAGGAGGACAGGGUUCUCUGGACAUGCUUGAAAUGCUGGCAGGGCUGUGGUGACGAGAGAUGGGCAGAAAUCCCUGUCGAGUUCGCGAAGCGUCUUGAAUCGGCAAUGAAGCGGCACCCCAAGUCUAGCCCAUCAUCACAAUUUCCGCCAAGUCAUCCACCCACAACAUCAUCGAGCAGUACCUCAAAAUCUGUUAUUAGCAACACAGCAAUCAGGCCCGCACAGGCAAGGGGCCAAGGCCACACUGGAAGCCCUCCUUCGACCCAAACCCGGCCUUCCAUCACGGCAUCAUCGGCCAUUCAAAUCCAAACUCAACAAACGUUGUUCGAUUAUCGGAUUUUGCUGAUGGUCAGGUCUGGCUCAGAUUACCAAUUAGCUCAAAUCGGCGUGGAACCGCUCAAGUGCCAUCAAUUCUUUCGUGAUCUCAAAGCCAGAUACGGUGGUCUGCGGGGCUACAUACGCAUGUGGUUCAGCGUUUGGGUGUACUCGCACUGCGACUUUUAUAUGUGCGAAAAGUUCGAAGACCACGAGUUCGUACCAAAGAAGGAGCACGAGUUCCCUGAGGCAUUCAACCUGGACUACGACUUCAUCCCGAAACCUGCCGAGAGGGAAACGAUGCCUCCUGUCACGCCACACGAGUUCUACAGACGCUUUUACGCGUGCUACGACCGGACCACAGCGCUGCACUUCCACCACCACUGCAGAAAGCUAUCGGGGCACUCGGGCGACAUCCUCGACAAGUUCCCCAAGAAGAGGUCGGAGCUGGAGGAGGGCGGCGACGCCCGUGUUGUCUUCUGGGGAAUCUACGCUCGGGAGCGGAUUGCCAUGGUGCGGGUGCUGUGCUAUAACCUCGUCUGCGUUUUGCCGAUGCUCGUCUUCUUCUUCGGGUGGCUCUCCCGACAUGGGCCGGAACAGAUUCAGGAUGCGGCGGUGCCCGUUUCGGUCAUGACUGCAAUGCUGUCGCUGUUCUGGAGUGUGUUUCUGAGCAGUAUCUUUAGUGAGCCGCGAUUACAGACAUAA